AUGCUUCUCUGCAGAUCUUUAGCGCCUAUCCUUAUCUUAUUAGGGGGUGUCUCGGCCGCAAUAAUCCCCAACAAUGACAGCUUCCUAAAGCCCAACACACAGCAAGUACUCUCCAUCGCCAAAGAGGCAGGCGGCCUACUACCUAACCUGCCGUUGCCGACUAAGCUAGGGCCGGGAAGCAGGACCACGUUCCAGCUUAUUGCCUUUACCGAGCUUGUUGAGGUUGCCUUUUUCAACUCGUUAGUCCAAAACGUCACCAAGGGCAACAAAGGCUAUGAAAUCAACGGACACGUUGAGAACAUCACCAAGAUAUUAACAACUAUACAAGCGCAAGAAAAGCAGCAUGCCAUCGCCGCCGAUACCGCCCUCAAGACUGCCGGCGAGUUCUCACCCACCGCCUGCGAGUACCAGUUCCCGGCCAGCGACCUCGCCGGCGCGAUCCGUCUCGCCUCGACCUUCACCGCCGUCGUGCUCGGCUCGCUGCAGGGCGCCAACGUCGCCUUCGCCAAGGAGAACCUGGCCGUCCCCAUCCAGCUCGUCUCGUCCGUCAUCGGGGAGGAGGCCGAGCAGAACGGCUUCUACCGCCACCUCGUCAAGCAGGUGCCGUCCGAGUCGCCCUUCCUAACGGCCAUACCCGCCGCGUUCAUCUUCUCCGCGCUCCAGCCGUUCAUCGUCCCGGGAUCGUGCCCCUACCCACUAACGAACAUUGACCUGCCGAUCCUGCCGCCGCUCGCGGUCAACGGCGGGCUGAUCGCGACGGUUGAGCCCAAGGAUCAGCGGCUCUCGUUCGCGGCGGACCUGACGGACGCGAAGAACGCGACGGCGUUUGCGGGCUCGGAUGGCGCGGAGCUAUGGCUCACUUACACGACCGGCCAGCAGAAGCCGAUUUCUGUGGCGACUGAUAACGUCAAGUGGAACGAUAAGAAAAUCUCGUUCGAAGCUGAUUUUCCGUUCCAGAAGAAUGUCAUGGUGGGGCUUAGCCACGCUGCACUCACGACGGCAAAAGAUUUUCAAACCGUCGAUGAUAUUGUUGGCUCAACGCUUGCGGCUCCUGCAAUUAUUCAGGUGGAAAAUACGUCGGAUUGCAACAAGCUGGCUGACAUCUAA